AUGGGCAAGCCCAAGGGACUGAAGACCGCGCGUAAGCACCGCGACCACCGACGUGACCAGCGUUGGCACGAUAAGGACUACAAGAAGGCUCAUCUGGGCACCCGAUGGAAGGCCAACCCCUUCGGCGGCGCAUCUCAUGCAAAGGGCAUCGUCCUGGAAAAGGUCGGCGUCGAGGCCAAGCAGCCGAACUCUGCCAUCCGAAAGUGCGUCCGAGUCCAGCUGAUCAAGAACGGCAAGAAGAUCACCGCAUUCGUGCCGCGUGACGGUUGUCUGAACUACAUCGAGGAGAACGACGAGGUGCUGGUGGCCGGAUUCGGUCGAAAGGGCCACGCCGUCGGUGAUAUUCCCGGCGUCCGCUUCAAGGUGGUCAAGGUCGCCAACGUCUCCCUUCUGGCUCUCUACAAGGAGAAGAAGGAGCGUCCCAGAAGUUAA